AUGGACGACGAAAUCAAAGCAGAGUUCGCGAGGAACGGCUUCAUCUUGGAUGAUGCCGAUAAAAUUAUCUCGCAAUGCCUGGCAUUUUGCAUACAGUACAAGCUCAGUGCUUCAGAUCUUGUGUCCAGCUGGGAGGUGUUCUCGCUCAACCGGAACUUGGAUUUGACCGUGCAGAGUUCGCAUAUGGGUGCAUUUUUAGAACAACUGCAGAGUGAACAGAUUGAUAAAGUCAGAGGAAAAGAGUCCGGUCUGCAUUUGUACUCCAAAGAUGUAGCCAUGAUAUUGGAUGGUAACUAUGAAGACAAAGAAGUCAUACUUGAUACUCCUGCAGAUAAAAACACAUAUCAUGAGAUGCCCUCAGAUUCAUUAAAGAAAUCAAAUGGAAGCAAAUUAAAUUCAGAAAAAUCUCUAGAUUCAGUGACACCCUUUGGGUUAAGAAAGAACAAGUUCAUCAUACAAACAACGCUUAAUCAACAACCCAGCACAGAGAGCACUAAAGUUAAAGAGCAUAAUGAGAAUUCUGAUGAUGAUAUUAUCAUCACGAGACUUCAACCCAGCAAAAGAUGUCACUUGCGAAUAAACACAUCACAGCCAGAGCAAGGUAGCAGGUUCAUGUUUGAUAGAAUGGAAGACAAGUUCAAUUACCUGGAAAGUUGCAUCACAAGGAGGGCAUCUGCUUAUGUAUCUUCAGGGAAGUAUGAGGAACCAGUUGAUCCUUCUGUAGCUUCUCAGAAAAGCGUGUUUUCUGUGGGUAUGAUCUGUUGUGAAGAAGAAGGUCGUCUGAAGGAGAAGCCUGUAUUGCUGCAAAGCAGUGUUGAGCAUUCUGGAGGGCAGCGUGUUCGUCUUGACUUGCUAAAGUUAGAUCAAUUUUCUAUUUUCCCAGGCCAGGUAGUGGCUGUCGAAGGGCGUAAUCCUAGUGGUCACUGUCUCAUUGCAUCAAAGAUUAUCGAUUAUGUGCCAUUUUCUGUAAAUCCUCCAUACUCUACCAAAAGACAAGCUUUGGAUCAUAAUCAUCAGUUAACCAAUCCCUCGCACAAUAUGGCGGAGUUGUCGUUGAUUGUUGCAGCGGGUCCAUUUACUACAAGCGAUAAUUUGUUAUUUGAGCCUCUAACUGAGCUUCUAGCCUAUGCACGCCGAAAGCAACCUCAGUUGCUUGUCCUGCUAGGGCCAUUUAUUGAUUCUGAUCAUCCAGAGCUUUGCAAAGGAACUGUUGAUCAGACCUUUGAUGAAAUGUUUCACCUUCAGAUCCUUGAAAAGCUUCAAGAUUAUCUUGAGUGCAUGGGUUCUGUAGCGCGCGUGAUUCUUAUGCCAUCCAUCAGGGAUGCACAUCAUGACUUUGUUUUCCCUCAGCGAAGACAAAAUGUGUGUCAGGAAUCAAAAGGGUUCUUCAUUAUGGUCACGCAUAGCUCAGCAAGCUCGAUUGGAAAAUCCGGAAGAAAUUGGUGA